AUGGAGAAAUCUUCGAAGACCGAGGAACCUGCGAUCGGCAUCCCUUACAACGCGGCGUACCAAGCGCCGAUGCCUCAACAGUAUCAUGUAGGUGAAAGCCCUUAUCAAUCCGGUGCUGUGCCCCCAAACGCCAUCGUUGGGGACCCAAAAGGAAUCCCCCUUCAGCAGACUAUUUACCGAGAUACGCCGGCACCUUUCAAUUGUGUUCACUGUGGUAAUACUGGAAUCACCUCUGUCAAACAUAAACCCGGUUUAGCGGCCUUUGUUGGUUGUAUGAUGCCAAUGAUGCUUGGAGUCUGCUUUCUAUGCCCUUCAAUGGAUUGCCUAUGGCACAAAUAUCAUUAUUGCCCAAGCUGCAAUGAGAAGGUUGCUGAUUUUGAAAAGUCUGAUCCUUGUCUGGUGAUGGAUCCUCCACAGUGGACACAAGAGAGCUUUGCUUUACCCGCGUGA